GGGAGCAAAGGAGAAAAAGCCAGAAAGAGCAACCCAAAGGGGGAAAGAGAGGGAGCGACCCAUGGCCGGUAGGCACUGCCGGGUAACCCGCUGGUUGGAUGGCGGUGGCGGCAGCUGCAACCCAGCCCUCCAGCUUGUGGCUUUGCUUCCUCUGUCUUUCUCUCUAGUAGCACAGAAUCACUCAGCCCUCGAUUCCUGAGGCUUUCACACCCCUAAGAGGUUUGUCAGGGCAGCUUGCAGGACCUGAGGCCCCGAGAGGGUUGGUUGACAGCGGCCGUGAGAUGUUUGGGGUCUCUGGGCAAGUGCCCUUUCGGCAGAUAGGGUCGGCUGCUGGGAAGCCAGGGAGAAAACACGAAAAAGUCGUUUCCUGCAGGUCUCUGCUACAUUUGCUAACAGAGAGUCGCUCAACAUGUGGUAUCUCAGUAACAAAGAAGACACAUACAUCUCAAAUUGAAAUUAUUCCAUGCAAGAUCUGUGGAGACAAAUCAUCAGGAAUCCAUUAUGGUGUCAUUACAUGUGAAGGCUGCAAGGGCUUUUUCAGGAGAAGUCAGCAAAGCAAUGCCACCUACUCCUGUCCUCGUCAGAAGAACUGCUUGAUUGAUCGAACCAGUAGAAACCGCUGCCAACACUGUCGAUUACAGAAAUGCCUUGCCGUGGGGAUGUCUCGAGAUGCUGUAAAGUUUGGCCGCAUGUCGAAAAAGCAGAGAGACAGCUUGUAUGCAGAAGUACAGAAACACCGAAUGCAGCAGCAGCAGCGCGACCACCAACAGCAGCCUGGAGAGGCUGAGCCGCUGACUCCCACCUACAACAUCUCGGCCAAUGGGCUGACGGAACUUCACGACGACCUCAGCAACUACAUUGACGGCCACACCCCUGAGGGCAGCAAGGCAGACUCUGCCGUCAGCAGCUUCUACCUGGACAUACAGCCUUCCCCGGACCAGUCAGGUCUUGAUAUCAAUGGAAUCAAACCAGAACCAAUAUGUGACUACACACCAGCAUCAGGCUUCUUUCCCUACUGCUCUUUCACCAAUGGAGAGACUUCCCCAACUGUGUCCAUGGCAGAAUUAGAACACCUUGCACAGAACAUAUCUAAAUCACAUCUGGAAACUUGCCAAUACUUGAGAGAAGAGCUCCAGCAGAUAACGUGGCAGACCUUUCUGCAGGAGGAGAUUGAGAACUAUCAAAACAAGCAGCGGGAGGUGAUGUGGCAAUUGUGUGCCAUCAAAAUUACAGAAGCUAUACAGUACGUGGUGGAGUUUGCCAAACGCAUUGACGGAUUUAUGGAACUGUGUCAAAAUGAUCAAAUUGUGCUUCUCAAAGCAGGUUCUCUAGAGGUGGUAUUUAUCAGAAUGUGCCGUGCCUUUGACUCUCAGAACAAUACCGUGUACUUUGAUGGCAAAUAUGCUAGCCCCGAUGUCUUCAAAUCCUUAGGUUGUGAAGACUUUAUUAGCUUUGUAUUUGAAUUUGGAAAGAGUUUAUGUUCUAUGCACCUGACUGAAGAUGAAAUUGCAUUAUUUUCUGCAUUUGUCCUGAUGUCAGCAGAUCGCUCAUGGCUGCAGGAAAAGGUAAAAAUUGAAAAACUGCAACAGAAAAUUCAGCUAGCUCUUCAGCACGUCCUACAGAAGAAUCAUCGAGAAGAUGGAAUACUAACAAAGUUAAUAUGCAAGGUGUCUACAUUAAGAGCCUUAUGUGGACGACAUACAGAAAAGCUAAUGGCGUUUAAAGCAAUAUACCCAGACAUUGUGCGACUUCAUUUUCCUCCAUUAUACAAGGAGUUGUUCACUUCAGAAUUUGAGCCAGCCAUGCAGAUCGAUGGGUAAAUGUAUCACCUAAGCACUUCUAGAAUGUCUGAAGUCCAAACAAUGAAAAACAAACAAACAAACAAAUUAACCGAGACACUUUAUAUGGCCCUGCACAGACCUGGAGCGCCAACACACUGCACAUCCUUUGGUGACCGGGGUCAGGCAAAGGAGGGGAAACAAAGAAAACAAAUAAAAGUUGAACUUGUUUUUCUCAUGCAUAUGAUUUCCAUUAUGCCUACAGAUAUGGACCCUUUUUCUGUCUCGACUUCUUGAUCGUUGACCUCUGUUCACAACAGAAGGCAGGUACUAAAGUUGGAGGAUGUCCUUUUCUUGUAGCUCACUGCCCACAGACUUUGGACAGAGUCACCAAUCUGUCAGUAACAACAGAGAGUUCAGCACUAAUCGGUGACUGGUGUGCAUAGCGGAGGUUGCGGCAUUACUUUGCACAACUUGCUCUUUGUCUCAUGAAGGAAGUUUUUAUUUUUUCACCGAUUAUUGCCAGUCAGCAGGAUGGCACGAAAAGGGUCCAUAGCACUAGCAACAAUAGCAUUAUAAUAUAUUACAGGGUAAAUGGGCAUGAAGACUAUAUAUAGCUAAAAGAGAUAUUGUUUAUAUAUUGUUUUAAUUAAUAUAAAAUGUAGUUACUGGUGUAGCUUUUCCUGUUGAAUUGAUAAGGCACUUUCAUUUUGCACCUUUUUUCUUUAAAUUAAAUGCUAGCGUGUUCACUGUCGUGUCGCAUGUGCACCAGAAACACAAGUUUAACUGAGAAGGCUUGGAAGGUACGUUGGGAGGUAUUUAUGCUGCUGUUUACACAAUUACUUUUCAAAGACUGGCUGGUCAUAUCUAGAAAUCACGCUGUUGGAUUAAUUUUUUUUUAACAUGUGAGUUUGGAAUUAGAAAUGGAACUCUCCCUAAACUGUACUUGGCUUUUGGGUAAGUCCAAGGAUAGAUGUGUUUAUGCUUCAUACAAAGUUGAACGAUUGGUUCGUGCUGUGGACUUACACCCUCAUGCACAUCAUCUUUUAAAGCUUUUUAAAAUGCCACCUCAUGGGGGCAGAGGAGGAGAGGCUUAUUUUAUACAAUUGAGUAGCUGUGUAGACUCAGUCUCAACUUGGAACUCUUGUGCUUUGAGAACAAUUCAGUAACCAGAGUAUUUCUUGGAAUCAAGAUUUGUAGGAAGAAGGACCCAAAGAUUAUAUCCAGAGCAAAUGCACACAUUUACUUUGUGAAUGUUUAUGUUCUUGGUACAAUCUAGAAACCCUGAGAGUUUAUCUCAGGGUGAACCAUUUCUAGACUAACUGCCUCUAGAUGGUAUCAUGCUAGAACACUGUUCUGCAUAGUUCACUGUCAAUGGAUAGGAGGGCAAAGGAGGCAUAUGCUGUUGAACCAUUUCUCUUAUUUAAAUAUUAACUACUUUAAGCCUUUAAAGUGAAGUCGAUGCAAACAGCAAACAUUGACUUUGGUAUUUAUCUCUGUUUAGAAAACUGUGGGUUGUAAUUUAUUUUAUUCAGCAGUUAGAAAGUUGUGUGGCGCUUGUGUUCAGGUGGGAAAUAAUUGACUUAUUUUUGUUUAAUUUCAUGUUUGUUUUUUUUUUAAGUAAUUCCCAGUGGAGGAGGAAAAGGAACUGGAAAAGGAACAGUCUGGCAGACAAGUGUGCAUAUUUUAAAAUAAGUGACUUUGGGGCAUGUAGGCAUUUAGAUGAUUUUAGUCACACUCAGAAUGGGAUUCAGACUUCAGGUCUGACCUCAAAGACCAUGUUUGUACUGAAAAGAGGACAUCUUCCCACAGUGUAAAGGUGGGAGGUUCCAAGCAGCCCUUGACACCACCAGGGUCCUUCCUGAAUCUUCUGCAGAAAUUCAGUUCUUGAUGUCUGCUGGGUCACCAUGCACAAGCUCCCCAGCACCCUCCACGCUGUCUUUAACUCUGCUGACUUUCUGACUUGUUUCCUAAGAGACUUGGAAAAUGGGAAGAGAUUAGUCACACAGAAGUGUGUAUGAAGCCUAAGUAACAUCUAAAAGAAGUUUUUUCAAAAUUAUAGUAAGGGCUUAACCGUAAAUAGAAGAGCAGAGUAAUAUUUACUUAAAAUUUCUUACAGGCAUAUAAAACUUUGUAAGCGUGUUUAUAUAGAGAAGUAACUAUCAACCUAUAGUAUUUAUAUUUGGGCAAGAAGGGUUAAAUCAAAUUCUUAAUUUAAAUAAGCAUAGUUCCUUUAAAGAUCAAUAGUAUUUAUACUCUGAAAAGAGUAACAAGCUUACUUCAGUUAUUUAUUUGUCCUUUUUUUUCCCUUUUGUUUCUCCUUUGGGAAGGAAACACUGUGUCUUUAUUUUGGUUUGGUUUUGGGGUUUUUUGUUUGUUUUUGUUUUGGUUGGUUUUUUUUUUUUUUUUGUCAUUCUGCUUCACUAAAUUUGGGGAGGGUUUAAUUAAAGUAUAUUAACUUCUUUUUAACCAAAGCGUUCUGAAUAUGACCAGCCUCAGGUGCUAGCGUAUUAAAGAGCAACUAAACCUAAUUCCAGUGUCCAUUUGUGAAAUGAUGAGAACUAAUUUAACUUCUCUGAGGGUGAGAGAGAACACAAUGUUAAAUUUAAAUUUGUUUUCCCAGAAAGGAUUUUGCUUGUACCUAAUGCAAAAAAAGAAAAAAAAAAUGAUACUCUAAACUCAGCAAUAGUCACACCAUGGUGACAUGCUUUUAGAGUAAACCAAGAUACAUUGACAUGAUGCUGCUACUAGGUCUUUCUGAAAGAAAAACAGGGUGUGGACUUUAAGAGCAAAGUACAUCGACAGUGGAGGAACAGAGUAGUAGAGGCGUGCUCGGUGGAAUGAGGGAACAACUAUUAUUCAGACUGAAGUUGGGAUCUGAAGUUAAAUAAUUUCUGUUGAAAAAAAAAUGAAAUACAUAGAAGGAUGUGAAAACCUUUGUAUUUUUGUUUUCUUCCUUAUUAUAGAAACACCUGUGUGAUGACACAAAAUGCUUUGUGAUACAGAACAAUUAUUCUUAAUAGUUCUUAUAAUUAAUAUUUCCUAAAUUUAAAUGUCCAAUAGUCUUUUAAAGAUUGAAAUCACAUCAGUGUUAUCCUGGAUGCAAUAAUGCCUUUAAUAAAAAAAUUUUUUUGCAUAGGUUAAGUAAGGCUUUUGUACAAAGCCUAAAUACCUUCAGUUACAGUGGUGUCCAGAUGGUUGCAUUAUAUUGCGAAGAAACUGGCCUUGGUCACAAUGAAAUCAAAAGUGCAGGUGAAAGUGCUUUUGUGGGCAGUUUGCAAAUUGUGGUUAAAGCUAUGGAUUUUUUUUAAGUGUUCGGCAUCCUAAUUUGCGUUAAAGCUAUAGGGGUUUUUUUGAAACCUUCAGCAUCCUGAUUCACCCUAACUUAAAGAAAAUAUGACUUAAGACACUGCUUCUAAGUUUGGUUGUUCUUUACAGUGUGGAUAUUCAGAUCUCUGUGAGCGUGUGGGGGUGGGCUGAGGGUCAGGUGAGAAGAGAGCGUGCGUGCGUGUGUGUGUGUGUGUGUGUGUGUGUGUGUGUGUGUGUGGUUUUCAUGUGUAUGGUGUGUGUGUGUGUGUGUGUGUGUGUGUCGGACCGCUUCUAGGCUACUAAGUGUCAAUGGAAAAGAAAAUGUAUUCAAAAUACUUAAAUCAAAAGUAGAAGAUGGAAAAAAAAAGAUUUAUUCUAUACAAAGCCUUGUCUGGACCACUUUAGAGAGACUUCUAUUUUUUUAACCCUUCUAUAAAUAUUUGAUGGCACUUGAAAUAUUCCUGCAAUAAAAUGUGAUUUGUGUAAAGAAAAAAAAAGAUUUUGUAAUGUGAAACAAAGAAAGAAAGUAAUGUAAUUUUCUAAAAAAAAAAAUACAAACAAACAAACUUUGUAUUAUUUUCUUGAUGGAAUUUUGUCUACCUGUCUUUGGAAAACUUUUUAUUUCAUUGAAUGUGCCAUAGUAGAAAUAUAUGUUUUUAGUUUUAGACUAAGGAAUAGCUGUUUGUGUUCCGACAUUCCAAAAUGCAAAACAACCUAGUAGAAUCUUUAAUGAAAAGGUUUAAGUAAGAUGUAAGCUUCUCUCAUUGUUGCUUUUUUGCACAUGUUCUUCAUUCCUCUCUAGUGCAAUAUGUACAUAGAGCACUUGCGGGUGUACCUUGAUCCCUCAGGGAAAAAUACAUAUUUGUACAGUUUUUUUUGUUUGGUUUUUUUGUUUGGUUUUUUGGUUUUUUUGCCUUUUGUUUUUGGCUAAGGAAUGUCGAUUGGAUCAUGUGUUAUUGUUGAGGGGCAGCCAGAUAAUAAUCCUAAAGCCACUGUUUCAAACAUUGAUUGUUUAAAUCGUGUGUCCUUCCAGUGCUAUUAUUUGAAGAUAAUAAUUAUAAUAAUAAAAAGUUAUUUUCUGACA